AGAGAGAGAGAGAGAGAGAGAGUGUCUUCGGCGACCUAAUCAGGCAGCAGCACUUAACAGUUUCUAUCAUUUUCUUCUCCUUUUAGUCUUCUUCGCCAUGAGUCGGGCAAUGGAGGAAGAUGCACCAGUAAAGACUGAAGAAGAGGAAUUUAGCACUGGGCCGCUUUCUGUUCUGAUGAUGAGUGUAAAAAACAAUACACAGGUGCUCAUCAAUUGCAGGAAUAACAAAAAGCUCCUAGGCAGGGUGAGAGCUUUCGACCGCCAUUGCAACAUGGUGCUAGAAAAUGUUAGAGAGAUGUGGACAGAGGUCCCGAAGACAGGGAAAGGGAAGAAAAAGGCUCAACCAGUGAACAAAGAUCGUUUCAUUAGCAAGAUGUUCCUCCGAGGGGAUUCCGUGAUAAUUGUUCUUAGAAACCCUAAAUAAAAGGUUGGAUCAGCAGAAGUUAUAUGUGUGGAUUGGAAGGUUUUGAACUUAUUCCAGUCUUUGUGUCUCCAUCUAUGUAUUCGAAACUUUUUGCAUAACAUCUUUGUUUCAGCACUUUAGGAAGACAAACCAAACUGUCUAUUUGAAUCUUUGAAUUCUUCGGUUAUGAUUUCAUUGUAAUUUUUAUAGUUUGGGAAUAUUCUUCCAAAACCUUAGAUUUAAAAUUGGAGUUCAUUUCUA